CACGAAGUCUGGCGUUUGAUGAGCUUUCCAUCCUACAAUUCGGAAGCCAACCACAACCAUGGCAUUGCUCGUGGACAAGCAACGGCCUCGCUCGCUGGACAAGCUAUCAUAUCAUGAAGACUUGUCCCAAAAAUUGAGAGCUUUGGCACAGAGCGGCGACUUUCCUCACCUACUUGUCUAUGGCCCGUCAGGCGCCGGCAAAAAGACGCGCAUUGUCGCCACUCUGAAGGAAUUGUACGGUCCAGGCGUGGAGAAAAUCAAGAUCGACUCCCGCGUCUUUCAAACGACGGCAAACCGCAAGCUCGAAUUCAACAUCGUCGCCUCGAUCUACCAUCUCGAGAUCACGCCUAGCGACGUUGGCAAUUACGACAGAGUCGUCAUACAGGAUCUGUUGAAAGAGGUGGCACAGACGCAGCAGGUGGAUCAAAGCGCAAAGCAAAGGUUCAAAGUCGUGGUCAUCAAUGAGGCCGACCAGUUGACGAGAGAUGCCCAGGCGGCGCUGAGACGAACGAUGGAGAAGUACUCCGCAAACGUCAGAUUGAUUCUUCUAGCAAACACCACCGCCAACAUCAUUGCGCCUAUCAAGUCGAGGACGCUCCUGGUUCGUGUUGCUGCCCCGAGCGAAGAGGACAUCUGCAACGUGCUUGCGAAGGUGGGCAAGAGCGAGAGGUUCAACGACGUGCCAGCUUUGCGGCAAAGGAUCGCGAGGGAGAGCGGCAGAAACCUCCGGAAGGCGCUGCUGAUGUUCGAGGCCGUGUACGCCCAAAACGAGACACCGAACGAGAAGACGCCGAUCCCGCCCCCGGAUUGGGAAGAGCUUAUCGCGCAGAUAGCAGACGACAUCAUAGCCGAGCGCACACCGGCCCGGAUAUUGCAGGUUCGGGCAAAGCUGUACGAUUUGCUGUCGCACUGUAUCCCUGCCACGCUCGUUCUGAAGACGCUCACGUUCAAGCUGAUCCCAAAGGUCGACGACGAGCUCAAGUCAGAGAUAAUAAAGUGGUCGGCCCACUACGAGCACAGGAUCCGGAUGGGCAGCAAACUCAUCUUCCAUCUGGAGGCGUUUGUGGCGAAAUUUAUGAAGAUCUACGAGAGUCACGAAAUGGGAAUGGACUUUUAGGAGCGCUCACGAAGCGGCGUUCUAUAGUUUUGGUCUCCUGAACGAUCACGGCCCCCUGCUCAAAUCCAUCGCGGGAGUCACACUCAGGGGCUUAGCUUCUGUACCAACUAAAGCGAGCGUGUAAUAGAGUACCCGACCGCACUUGCGCGGAAACGUGUUUUGGAG